UGGGCCCACUCUGCGCACGCGCAGACUGUGCCAGACAGGAUUUAAUGUUGCCGCCGACGACCUCUGAAUUUAAAGGGCCCGCUGCCUUUUCGAAGUUGGUUAGAGGGCAAGUGGUGGUUGGUGGACGGCACUUUAUCAUGGGACCUGUGCGGUUGGGAAUAUUACUUUUCAUUUUGGCGGUCUACGGAGCUCGGGCUGGGACGGCAAAGGAGGAGGACGAUGACACAGAACGCUUGCCCAGCAAAUGUGAAGUGUGUAAACUGCUGAGCAUGGAGCUACAGGAGGAGCUGAGGCGCACUGGCCGAUCUCGAGAGGUGCUGGAGCUGGGGCAGGUGCUGGACACAGGCAAGAGGAGGAGACAAGUGCCUUACAGUGUUUCAGAGACAAGGCUGGAAGAGGCCUUGGAGAAUUUAUGUGAGCGGAUCCUGGACUACAGUGUUCAUGCUGAGCGCAAGGGCUCCCUGAGAUAUGCCAAGGGUCAGAGUCAGACCAUGGCGACGCUGAAAGGCCUAGUGCAGAAGGGGGUGAAGGUGGAUCUGGGGAUCCCUUUGGAGCUAUGGGACGAGCCCAGCGUGGAGGUCACAUUUCUCAAGAAGCAGUGUGAGACGAUGCUGGAGGAGUUUGAAGAUGUCGUGGGAGACUGGUACUUUCACCAUCAGGAACAGCCCCUACAGCAUUUUCUCUGUGAAGGACAUGUGCUUCCAGCUGCUGAAACUGGAUGUCUGCAGGAAACCUGGACUGGGAAGGAGAAGAUCACAGAUGGGCAAGAGAAAACAGAAGAGGAGGAAGAGGAGAAAGAAAUGCCCAAGACACCAGGAUACCCCAACCACGACCCAGAGGAUCUUUGACCCGUGUCUUUGAGUGCCCAAGAGGGGAAGGGUUCAUGAAGAACCCUCUCAAGUCUGAGCUCUCCUUGCCCCACAGCUUUAAGGGUGUGGGUGUAUGUGUGUGACCCCACCCCAAAGCUUGUAGCUGUCCUCUCCCAUCUGAUCUCAGGCAGGAUCCUGGUGAUGCAGCAUGGCAUGGAUAUGGGGAGAAAGGUGGGUGUAGCAGGUGGAAGUCCUGUCCCCACAGAGGAGCCUUCUGACUGCCACCCAGCCCUGUAAUUGGCAAAAGUGUCCCUUUAUAAGUAUCUCUACUGCUCUCUAGCCCCACCCAGAGGCCACCAGUGGCACUGAUCUGUGGACCUUGAGAGAGUCAUUGUUCCCACUCCCUAAUCCCCAUAGUGGUGGCGCUGGGGGAAGGAGGUGGUGUUUUUGCACCCUCAAAAUUAAGUUGCCAGAAUGGACAUUCUCCACCACCUAUAUACUCUGCCUGUUUCCAGGCUAUACGCCAACAAACUGAACAAGAAUUGGACACCGCGCGGGGGCAAGGCGAUGCUGGCAAGUGAGGUGAGGCAGGUACUUGGUAUACUUCAGAUUAAUUUCAUCGAGGGCCCA